AUGGCAAGGACUAAACAACAAACGGCGCGCAAAAGUACUUCUAAAGCUUCGUUCGAUGAGGAGAAGAAACGGUUGAGCAAACGCUUGAAGGCAAAGCAUAGUAUAGGUAGCAAGUCGGCGAGUAAAAAGAAGAUAAUUGAUAGUAAAUCAGGCGAAGUAAAGAAGCGCCGUCAUCGACCAGGAGUUGUUGCAUUGAAGGAAAUUCGAAGGUACCAAAGGACUGUAGAGAAUUUGAUACCGCGUCUGCCGUUCACCCGCCUGGUCAGGGAAAUAGCUCUUAAGUUUAAGCCUGACAUGCGCAUGAAAGUCGGUGCAUUUGAGGCUCUCCAGCAAGCCGCGGAAAUGUACCUUGUCGGCUUGUUUGAAGAUACUAAUCUGUGCGCAAUUCACGCUAAGCGCGUUACCAUUAUGCCGAAGGACAUUAAACUUGCACUGCGCAUUCGUGGUGAAAUCUUUCACAUUUGA